UCUUUCCAAGUGGCGACCCCAAUUAUCGUUUAGAAAGAUAUUUGAUAGAAAUUGAGACAUUGAAUAAAAAUCUUACAAAAGCAAGAGAGGUUUGGGAAAAUAUUGUUAAAACUCAUGGCAAAGAAUCUGAAACGUGGAUACAUAUACGAUCGUUACAUACUUACAUAUUUAGAUAUAUGGGAAAUCAUGAUGAAAUUCACAAAAAAUUCAAAAGAGCAUCUCAACAAAAUUCUGAUUGGCCAGAACGUAUAUUUGAUGCAUGGGAACAAUUUGAGCAUCAAUAUGGAACAUUAGAUAGUUUAGAAAAUGCACUUAUGUUCAUUAGAAAACAAAUGAAAGUUGUUGCACAUAGGCGUGCAAAAGUUCAAAAUGUUGGCACUGAACAAGCAUUCCAGGUACCAACAACCUUUGAUAAUACACAAGCUGAAGUUUCCCAGUCAUCUAGAGUAUCGCAACCUGAGAUUUCAGAACAAGGUAAUGAUGCAAAAAAAAGAAAGCCCGAAGAGGAUGAGCCCCAGCUAGAAGGCUCACCAGCUUACAAAAAAAACAAAGUUGUUGCCAGUAACCUUCCAUUAGAUGUUACAGAGGGUCAAUUGAAAACUCUUUUCAAUGAGUGCGGAAAAAUUGUUGAUAUUCAUAUAAUUGAAGAUAGUGAAAAAGCACAAAAAUCCGCGCAUAUAGAAUUCGCAAAAAGGGAUGAUGUUCUUGCUGCGUUAACAAAAGAUAAGAAGAAGAUCGGAGAUAAUGAAAUUAACGUGUAUAAAAUUACAGAACAUACAUUAUUCAUUACAAAUUUCCCAGAGACUGCUAAUCUUGAAGAAAUGUUUGAUAAGGAAUCAGCUUUAUCCGCUUUAGAAAUGAAUGGUUUUGAGAUCGAAACAGGAAAGAAAUUAAAUGUGGUGAUUUCUAAUCCUUCAUUAAGGAAAACACGUUCUCCACCAAAAAAUCUUCCUAGUCAUGUUGAAAGAAGUGAAUUGGAAACACUUUGCAAAACUGUUAAGUAUCUUAUUAAAUUUCUUGUCUUUCCCCAUGGAUCUGUUAUUGAUGUUAGAAUUCCUACAACUAAGGAUAAGAAAUGUAGAGGAAUAGCAUUUGUCGAGUUUGACAGCGAGGAGCAUGCAAAAGCCGCACUUGCCCUACAUAAUACGGAAUUUAAAGAGUGUAUAUUAAAUGUGUCACUUAGCAAUAAUAAUCGGGGCAAUGGGCAAAAAUCCACAUUUGGUGAGCCUAAUAAUAAAGAAACUAAAGCAAAAAAGGACAA